GGACUUUUGAAAGUGACUUGUUCACGCGUAGUUGGCGGGUUUUCUGAAAGUUCUUCGAAAUGUAUUUGUACAAUAUCACGCUGCAACGUGCAUCUGGUAUUACUCAUGCAGUUCAUGGCAAUUUUUCGGGAACAAAGCAACAAGAGAUCGCAGUUGCAAGAGGAAAGAUAAUCGAGCUUCUGAGACCUGAUCCAAAUACAGGAAAAGUUUAUACAUUGUUAACAUGUGAGGCUUUUGGAAUUGUUAGAUCUUUCAUGCCCUUUCGACUUACUGGUAGUAGCAAAGAUUAUUUAAUCGUGGGAUCUGAUUCUGGGCGGGUUGUUGUGUUGGAGUACAUACCGUCUAAAAAUAUUUUUGAAAAAGUACAACAAGAGACUUUCGGGAAAAGUGGUUGCAGACGAAUUGUGCCAGGGCAGUACUUGGCUGUUAAUCCCAAGGGGCGCGCAUUUAUGAUAGGAGCUGUUGAAAAGCAGAAGUUAGUUUACAUCAUGAAUCGGGAUUCUCAAGCAAGACUCACCAUAUCUUCCCCGCUGGAAGCUCACAAAUCCAACACAUUAGUUUAUCACAUGGUUGGGGUAGACGUCGGGUUUGACAACCCUUUGUUUGCAUGUAUUGAAAUGGAUUAUGAGGAUGCAGAUCAGGACUCUACAGGCGAAGCUGCCCGUGGCGCCAAUCAGCUUCUGACGUAUUAUGAAUUGGACCUUGGACUGAACCAUGUGGUUCGAAAAUAUUCUGAACCUCUAGAGGAACACGCUAACUUUCUGAUCGCCGUGCCUGGAGGUAAUGAAGGUCCUUCUGGCAUAUUGAUUUGUUCUGAAAACUAUAUAACCUAUAAAAAUUUUGGGGACCAACCGGAUAUACGUUGUCCAAUACCUCAGAGGAAAAAUGACCUAGAUGACCCAGACAGAGGUAUUUUGUUCGUGUGCAGUGCGUCUCAUAAAACAAAGAAUUUAUUCUUCUUCCUGGCCCAAACUGAACAAGGUGAUAUUUUCAAAAUAAACCUUGAAGUCGAUGACGAUAUGGUGACUGAGAUCAAACUCAAGUAUUUUGAUACUGUUCCAGUGGCUACUGCAAUGUGUGUUCUAAAAACUGGCUUUUUAUUUGUAGCCUCGGAGUUUGGAAACCACUGCCUAUACCAAAUAUCACAUCUAGGUGACGACGACGAUGAGCCGGAAUUCUCAUCAGCUAUGCCUUUAGAGGAGGGAGACACUUUCUAUUUUUCUCCUAGACCACUUAAAAAUCUUAUCGAAGUUGAUGUUCUUGAAAAUUUAUCACCUAUCAUGAAUUGUCACAUUGCUGAUUUUGCUAAUGAGGAUACUCCGCAACUAGCAUGUCUAUGUGGGCGGGGUCCUGGGUCAACAUUCAGACUAUUGAGACAUGGUCUGGAAGUAUCUGAAAUGGCGAAAUCAGACCUUCCAGGUAAUCCCAAUGCAGUAUGGACUGUAAAGCGGAAUUCAGAAGAGGAAUAUGACGCAUACAUAAUAGUGUCCUUUGUCAACGCAACAUUGGUAUUGUCUAUAGGAGAAACAGUAGAGGAAGUUACUGACUCAGGUUUUCUGGGUACAACACCCACUCUUAUUUGUUCUCAGUUGGGUGAUGAUGCCCUUGUACAAGUUUACCCUGAUGGAAUUCGUCAUAUACGAGCCGAUAAAAGAGUAAAUGUUUGGCGUGCACCUGGGAAAAAAACAAUUACUAAAUGCGCCGUCAAUCGUCGACAAGUAGUUAUAGCCCUUACGGGAGGCGAGCUUGUCUAUUUUGAGAUGGAUAUGACAGGUCAGCUAAACGAAUACACUGAGCGAAAAGAAAUGCCAGCAGAUGUCAUUUGCAUGGCACUCGGUCGUAUCCCAGCAAACGAACAACGUUCCCGAUUUCUCGCCGUUGGUUUAGCUGAUAAUACUGUUCGCAUUUUAUCACUAGAUCCAUCAGACUGUCUAGCUCCUCUAACAAUGCAAGGUAUACCAUCUACUCCAGAAUCUUUAUGUAUAGUUGAAAUGGGGACCAACGAACCAUUCCCAUCGACAGAUGAUGGAGAAUCAGAGACUAAACCUUCCGGCGGCAUUAUUUAUUUGAACAUUGGCUUAAUUAACGGUGUGUUGUUGCGUGUUAUUUUAGAUCCUGUUACUGGUGAGCUAUCUGACACACGCACACGAUAUCUAGGUACUCGUCCUGUGAAGUUAUUCCGCAUUUCUAUGCAAGGUGGAGAAGCAGUUCUAUCCGUUUCUAGUCGCUCCUGGCUAAGUUAUGCUUACCAGAACCGAUUUCAUCUUAUUCCACUAUCAUAUGAAGCACUGGAAUACGCAUCUGGCUUUUCAUCUGAACAAUGCCCUGAGGGUAUCGUAGCAAUUUGUAAUAACUCUCUACGGAUUAUGGCGCUCGAGAAGCUUGGUGCUGUAUUCAAUCAAAUCAGUUAUCCACUCCAAUAUACACCUCGUAAAUCGGUCUUCCAUCCGGACUCAAAUAUUGCUUAUAUAAUCGAAACGGAUCAUAACAGCUACACAGAUGAUGUGAAAAAUACGCAUAAACGACAAAUGGCUGAGAGAAUGAUUGCUUCUGCUCAUGAUGGAUCUGCUGAGGAUAUGGCCGCAGCUAAGGACUCUGCUGCUUCUCUCCUUACAGAAAGUCUUCCAGAAGCGACCUUCGGCGCUCCAAAAGCUGGGCAAGGCAUGUGGGCAAGUUUGUUGAGAUGUCUGAAGCCCCUGGAUGGGACCACAUGUCAGAUAAUUCGAUUUCCACAAAAUGAAGCCGCUCAUGCUUUGGCAUUUGUCAAAUUCAAUAAUCAUCCAGCUGAACAAUUCCUUGUUGUGGCCCUUGUUAAAGAUCUUAUCCUUAAUCCACGUUCCUGUUCUGGUGGUUGCUUGAGGACAUAUCGUAUUUGGGACAAUGGAGAACGUCUCGAAUUUCUUCAUGAAACACCAGUGGAUGAUUUUCCUGCAGCAUUAUGUGCUUUCCAAGGUCGCCUUCUUGUAGGUGUGGGAAAUCGACUACGGAUAUAUGAUUUAGGGAAGAAAAAGCUGUUAAAGAAGUGUGAGAAUAAGCAUAUCCCUACUCUAAUCAAUGGUAUUUACUCCGUGGGUAGUCGAAUAGUAGUGACAGAUGUGCAAGAAAGUGUACAUUGGGUUCGUUACAGACCACGAUCAGAUAGUCAACUUGUUAUAUUUGCAGAUGACACUAAUCCCCGUUGGAUUACACACUUAGCAGUUUUGGACGCUUCAACGGUCGCUGUUUCAGAUAAAUUUGGGAAUGUUGUUAUUCUUCGAUUGCCACCAAAUGUCAUCGAUGAUAUUGAAGAUGAUCCUAGCGGAAAUCGUGCGCUUUGGGAUAGAGGAUUCCUUGGUGGUGCUAGCCAAAAGUGUGAAGUUUUAUGCCAUUUCUACGUUGGUGAGAUAGUAACCACUUUGCAAAAGGCUACUUUAAUCCCUGGAGGUUCCGAAGGCAUUGUUUACUCUACAUUAUCCGGUGGUAUCGGAAUGUUAGUUCCAUUUGCUUCCCGUGACGCCUAUGACUUUUUCCAACAUUUGGAGCUUCAUAUGAGAGCUGAAGGUUUAUCGCUAGUUGGUCGAGAACACGUUCAUUAUCGAUCACAGCACUAUCCGGUUAGAAAUGUAAUCGAUGGCGAUCUGUGUGAAAUAUUCAACUCCUUAGAUGGUAAUAAACAACGGUCAAUAGCUGAGGAAAUGGACAAAACGCCUAGCGAUAUUGCCAAACGUUUAGAGGAUAUUCGUACCCGAUUCGCAUUUUGAUAUGUCAGAGUUUUCCAACGAAAAAAACGUCAACCAUUACAAUAUUUAUUCAUGUAAAUAAAUAAAUAUUUUCUACUACUUCAAACCUAAAGCUUUCCAAGUUAGUGUUUCCCUGUAUUUUACUAAUUCAAAUAUAAAUUUUGCCGAA